UAAACAAUGUGUUGAGUACAGCUAACGCUAAGCGAGCUAACACGAACGUGACGUCUUUCUAGAACUGAGCAUGCGCAGUUGCCCACAGCAGACGACGAACUAUUCUGUCCCUUGUUUAUGAACGCAGAAUAACCUGAUGUUGCCACAAGCCUGCCCAGCUCCGUGAGACUCAUCGGCCAGGAGGAGAAAUCUCACAGGGGUUACAGAAGCAAGCCUAAUAACUCCCAGAAUUCAUUGCUUUUACAGUAUUGGCACUAAACACAGGGGUCACUAACAGGUGGACCGCAGUCCGCAUCAGGACCCUGACGCCGCUGUAUCUGGACCCUGAAACUAGAACCGGUCGAUAAUUGAUCAUUAUUAAUUGUUGACAUACUGUAGCACUUAUAAUUUAACUGGUGCAGCUUUUUCAGCCUUUUACGGUACUCGUUCAGGAGGUGAGGAUGGAGGCGCAGAGGCUGGAGGAGGAGAGGCUGGAAGAAGAGAGACUAGAGGAGGAGCGACUGGAGGAGGAGAUGCUGGAGGAGGAAAGACUAGAGGAGCAGAGGCUGGAGGAGCAGAGGCUGGAGGAGAAGAGGCUGGAGGAGCAGAGGCUGGAGCAGGAGUGGUGGCUAGAGGACGAGAGGCUGGAGGAGGAAAGACUAGAGAAGGAGAGGCAGGAGAGGCAGAGGCUGGAGGAGGAGAGGUUGGAGCAGGAGAGGCUGGAGAAGGGGAGGCUGGAGAAGGAGAGACUGGAGGGGGAGUGGCUAGAAGAGGAGUGGCAGGAGGAGCAGAGGCUGGAGAAGGAGAGGUUGGAGCAGGAGAGGCUGGAGGAGGAGAGUCUGGAGGAGGAGAGACUGGAGUAUUGACUGGAGGAGGAGAGACAAGGAGAGGCUGGAGGAGGAAAGACUGGAGGAGGAGUGGCUAGAAGAGGAGAGGCAGGAGGAGCAGAGGCUGGAGAAGGAGAGGUUGGAGCAGGAGAGGCUGGAGGAGGAGAGUCUGGAGGAGAGACUGGAGGAGAGGUUGCAGGAGGAGUGACUUUAAAAUAUAAUAAUAUAUCACAUUUAAAAUAUAAUAAUAUAUGGUGGCGUCUGAAUGUAACGCUUCAGGGCAAAGACAAUGAAGUUAAAUAUAUGUUAAAGUACUUUAUUUUAAGAUAAACAAAAAAAAUGUCUGUUUUUCCCCCAUUUUUAAAUCGAGCCUUAUUGUAAUGAGAUAAACAUGUCUUCAUAAUUAAGUAGUUAAAAUAACUUCUAACUUGGCGAAAUGAGGUUACCUCUUUUUAUCUACUUAUUUUCCUGGACUCUGGGUGGGGCACCGGUGGGAGGGGUUUGUUGUCUGUUUGUAUACGUCAACAAAAAGAUGGAACACAAUGGAAGUGUGAGUGGAAGUGCAUGUUUGUGUUAUGUGCCUGUCAAUAUUUCCAAAUAAAAAAACAUUAUUUAAAAAAAAAGAAAACUUCUCGGCUACUUCAAUACACAAGCCGAAGUUUAAACAUGAGGGCGAUACCCUGCCCUCCAGUGUACAGUCGAAUGAAAAAAUAAAGAAUAUGCACUUUGUAUUGUAUUAGGCAUUUAUUAGUUGAUAUAAUGCAGGACAUUAUGGCUGAAUAAGGUACUAGGCAGGACUGUAUCAUCAAUAAUGUCCGCUUCAAGGGUGUCAACACAAACCGCUGAACAGGACAUUAUUGACGAUACAGUACCGCCUCGAGUACCUCAUUGCUCUUAUAAUACGGUUGCGUGUGGCAUUAUAAAUAAUAAAUAGUAAGCUGCUUUUCAGCACAAAAUAGUUGUCGCCAUCAAACGUUGUGUAUCUGCUGACCCCUAGUGGUCAACCUUUACAUUGCACACAGUGCCAUAGAAAUCAUCUGGUUCUGGUCUUCAGUAUUUCAUUCUUAUCUCUGGUUCUGGUCUUCAGGUGUACAGUAAUUCAUUCUUAUCUCUGGUUCUGGUCUAGUUGCUGGUUUCUCUUCACCAGUUGAAGCAGUUCGUUGCCCUCUUCGUUUGGCUGACUUUCGUUGCGCAACAUUUCACAGGUCUCACUUUCUUUCUUCUCUCUGGUAGCAUGACGUCUACCUGAAGGAAGCUCUUCGGCUCACCGCUCAUCUAAAGUCAUUCCCCCCAAAAUAUCAAAGUUCACACGAAACAUGUUUGUUACUGUCGAGCUUCAACUGACAACUAUCGGUCGAGCAAACUCUAGGUUAAUUUGGGUGUUUCACUAACAUGGCACGCCCAGAUAAAUGUAAAGAGCUGUCGGACAUUACGGCUGAAUAAAGUACACCUCAUGACUCCUCAACCAAUCAGAAUGCUUGAUUUCAUCAACUCGCAUUAAUGGUGCAUAACAAGUAAGCAGGGUUCUUACACAUUUUGACCAAUGUAUUUCCAUGACUUUAAACCAAAUUUCCAUGACCAAACUGAAAUCUCGGUAUAUACAUAAACAUUUUAGAAAAUGUUGCGUAUUGAGCGUAUGCCGGCUUAUAUUUUGAGCGUCUUUCUUUAAAAAACAUAUUAAUUUUUUUCAAACUCGGCAUAAAUGAACAUGUGAUUAUAACAUGUCAGUGACUUUUCCAAAACUUUUAUGAUUUCAGUUUUUUUCCAUGACUUUUCCAGGCCUGGAAAUAAACGUUUUGAAAUUCCAUGACUUUUCCAGGUUUUACAUGACCGUACGAACCCUGAAUAGGACUUUGUGGGUCUAACUCACAGCACGAGGCCUCUUAGGGCCAAAGGUAAGACAGUCAGACACACACAUAUCUCAAAAACCAAAAACGGUUGAAACUUUUAAAUUAUUUUUUAUUCCACUUACAUGAAAUUACACAUUUCCCCCCAAAUAACAGUUAUGCUUGGGUGUUCUGUAUGAAAAUUCCAAAGACAUGAACAAAGCUAGCCCGCCCGACCACAACCAUCCUUACAUCUCCACAAACUAAUUCUUACCAACAUGCAGUUUAGGCAAGUAUCAAAAGAAAACAAAGGAGAAUAAAAGACAAAUCAAAAUCUUAAAUUUGAUAAAGCAGUAACUAGAUUAGCACGUGGCAUUUUGUUUUUUGAACUGCGGUGCUCAUAAAAAGCUUGUGUGCUCUUUUGUUCUUAAAUAUUUUUCUAUACCUCGUAAUUCAAUACAUAGAAAUACAAAAGCAGUUCA